GGGGGGUCCUAUGGGAUGGGGGGGGUGCUGAGGUGUCCCUUAGGGUUGGGGUUGCCCUGUGGCGCUCACCUCAACGCUUCUGCCUUCCUGCAGUCUCCAAAGGAGCCGGAGCAGCUCCGCAAGCUCUUCAUCGGCGGCCUCAGCUUCGAAACCACAGACGAGAGCCUCCGCAGCCACUUUGAGCAAUGGGGCACCCUGACCGACUGCGUGGUGAUGAGGGACCCAAACACCAAGCGCUCCCGCGGCUUCGGCUUCGUCACGUAUUCAUCAGUGGAAGAAGUCGAUGCUGCCAUGAACGCACGGCCACACAAAGUGGACGGCAGAGUCGUUGAACCAAAGAGAGCGGUGUCCAGAGAGGAUUCGCAGCGACCCGGAGCUCACCUCACAGUCAAGAAGAUCUUUGUGGGCGGCAUAAAGGAAGAUACAGAAGAGCAUCACUUGAGAGACUAUUUUGGCCAAUAUGGCAAAAUUGAAGUCAUUGAGAUCAUGACAGACCGUGGCAGCGGCAAGAAGAGGGGCUUCGCCUUCGUUACCUUUGACGACCACGACUCUGUCGACAAGAUUGUCAUUCAGAAAUACCACACUGUGAACGGCCACAACUGCGAGGUGAGGAAAGCCCUCUCGAAGCAGGAGAUGGCCAGCGCCUCAGCCAGCCAGCGAGGCCGCAGCGGUUCCGGGAACUUCGGAGGCGGCCGCGGAGGUGGAUUCGGUGGCAACGACAACUUCAGCCGCGGCGGCAACUUCGGUGGCCGUGGUGGGUUUGGUGGCAGCCGCGGUGGCGGUUAUGGCGGCGGCGGAGACGGCUAUAAUGGAUUUGGCAAUGACGGUUACGGCGGCAGCGGUCCCGGUUAUUCCGGUGGCAACCGGGGUUACGGAGGCAGCAGCACCUACGACGGCUACAACAACGGCGGGGGGGGAGUUGGGGCGGGCAGCGGAGGCCGUCGUCCUGCCCGGGGACCCGCGCUGGCUGUGCGGAACGGCCUCUCUGAAGCUGGCACAGGUGAGCCCCGCAGCCACGCUCCAUCCCUGCCUUCUGCUUUAAGGCAUUAAGGCACCUCCGGCCCU